AUGAAACAAACUAUUACAUCUACUUCAUUUUUGUCACCAUUCAAUGGCAAAACGAUUGUACUUGAACUUGGCCAUGAAAUAGGCUUCAAAGCUAAGCAAGAACUGAUCAACUAUUUACGAGAACAGCAAGCACACAUUUCAUAUAUUCUUACAGCGAGUACUGACUACAUUUUGGUCACGAAUAAUGUAAAUACCUACAAGACACGUCGUGCUAAACAACUCGGCCUGCCAUUGAUCAAUGUUGAAUAUGUAUACGAAUAUCGUCGCUUGCCACCAGACCAAACAUCAUUAGAUAUUAGUAAAUAUAUCAUCAAAUCGGUUGAAGAUCAGGAAAAUUUUACAAAGACCGGCACUAUUCCCGUCGCAGGACCACGGACGAGUGCUAUCAAGGUCAAUAAAUUUGAUUUGAAUAAAAUCAAACUAUGGAAUUGGGACGAUGCUGAUUUGCCUCGUUUUGAUGAGUCUACACAUUGUGAAAUUGGCAAAUGGGCCAUUUUCAAAGAAACCAACGAUAAUUUGGAUGUGUAUUUUGUUCUCGAACUUCAAGUUAUUCCUGAACAAUACUAUGAUCGAACAAUGACUGAUUAUAGACUACGGUUUCGAUACGAAAAACAGACUAUUACGGACAGAGGACAACAACAAGAUAAAAAAGUAUUGAUACAGUAUGCUUUCAGUGAUGAUCCAAAUGAACAGCAACAAUUGUUUGCAUCAUACUAUUAUCGAGUGGCUACAAUGCCACGUAUAACACGAAUUCGUGAGGUGUUACCUGAUAAAUUAGGAUCAAAACUAUUGUUACGCACUUUAUUUACCCAUUGUAUCGAUACACAAAUACUUGAUGAGAAUGUAUGUCAAUUGAUAGAAUCAAUUUGGCUAGAAUCUAUUGGUGAUUUGAAUAAAAUGUUGAGCGUGCCACCGGAAUCAAUCACUCUCAAAGCGAUCAUCGAAGCUGAAGCAGCUUUGCUUGAACUUCGAUCGAACAAUGAUCCUGUUGCUGUACGUCGUUUUUAUUCACUUAUUCCCCAUCAAUCACAGUACAAAGUUGAUCUGCUAAAGAAUCGUCGAGUAUUAACCGAAAAAAUUGACUUGUGUCAAGUACGUCUAUUUCCUUCCAUUGCUUACUUUAAUCUUUCGUUCUUCCAGAUGCUUCGAGAUAUGCUAACAGUCAAUGAACUAACCAAUUGGAAUAUUAAAGCACCGAUCGAAGCCAAAUAUCGAGCAUUGAAAUGUCACAUUGAAACAGUUGAUAGUUCAACACCCGAAUAUAAGAAUAUUGCCGAACUUAUUCAAUCAUCGACAAAUAGUAGUGAAAAAAUUGUUAUUCACCAUGUAUUCAACGUAGCCAAACAGACAGAUGCACUGAAUUUUUGUACAUCAUUAUCUCAUCAACGGUCACUGUUUCAUGGAUCAAAAUAUGCCAACUUUCUUGGAAUUCUUUCACGUGGUUUGACUAUGCCAAAAAUAGUAGUUGAAGAAUUAGGUGUCAUACGCACUGAUAUUGGUUGUCUUGGCUAUGGAAUUUACUUUUCAGAUUCUGCUUCUACAUCUCUAAAAUAUACGACACCAAGCACAACACGACCAGGUCGACGAUUAUUGUGCAUUUGUCAAGUAGCUCUAGGCGAAUCAGCCAACUAUUAUUCAUUUUCACCGAAUCUCACCAAACCUCCUGACGGCUUUCAUAGUACACAUGGAGUCAAACGAACAGAAGAAAAUCAUUCAAUGUUUACUGAUAAUGAAUAUGCGAUCUAUCAACUCGAUCAACAGCGUUUACUAUACAUUAUAGAAGUUUCAUGGGCACCGAACGAUGCUCUUAAUAUCGAAUUAGAACGAUUGCCAAUUGUUCAUCAUCAACAACAUGCAUUAAAAUUGAGUGAAAAUGUCGAAGUUCCAUUGACAAUGGAUGAUGAAGUCAUUGAAGUAGCCGAACAAGACUAUGGUUUAGUAUGUCCAUCGUCAGGAAAACUUGUACCACUUAAAUCAUUUCAUAUUCGUGCUCAAAUUGUUGAUUCUACAGUUGAAGUUGUUCUCUAUCAAGUCUACCACAACACAAGUUCAACACCGAUCGAAGCUAAAUAUGUGUUUCCUCUUGAUGAAAAUUCGGCUGUAUGCGGUUUUGAAGCACAUAUCAACAAUAAAGUUAUAAAAGGCGUCGUUAAAGAAAAAGAACAAGCCAAACAAGAAUAUCGAAAAGCAAUCGAAAAAGGUCAUGGUGCCUAUUUGAUGCAUCAAGAACAAGCUCAAGUGUUUAGCGUAGCUGUUGGUAAUUUACCAGCGAAUAAUGAAGUCAUCAUUAAGAUAACCUAUGUUGCUGAGUUAGAAAUCGAAAAUGGUGAUAUCAUCUUUCGCCUUCCAGCUAAAAUGGCUUCAUGGCAAUCGAAACAAGCAAUUGAAGCAAAAGAUCAAUCGAUUGUACGAUCUAUUGGUAUUGUUGAUGAAAAAGUUGAAUUCAGUUUCAAAGCGUCGAUUCGAAUGCCAUAUGAAAUCAUCAAAUUAUUUUCACCAACACAUCGUCUUCGUCGAAAAUUAACUGAUUGUAUAGCUAUGGUUGAACUUGUCGAUAACGUCUUACUUGAUCGAGAUUUUGUUCUUUCUAUAACACUCAAAAGUGCUAAUUUACCUCGAAUAUCAAAUGAAACAUUGUCAUUGGAUGAUGACCAAGUCACAACAACAACAACAACAUCGAACAAUAAUUCUCAAGCAUGUAUGCUUACAUUUUAUCCGCGAUUUGAAACAUUAAUGAAUUCGAACGAACAAAUUGAAAUUAUUUUUAUUAUUGACGUAUCCAAUUCGAUGGAUGGUAGUCAUGUACAACAGGCUAAACAAUUAGCUCAUUUAUUUCUUAUGAAUUUAAAAGUUAAUGAUAGAAAUACAAUUUUCAAUGUAGUUACUUUUGGAUCAGAUAAUGAUGAAUGUUUUCCGAUUUCAACACCAACAACAAAAGAAAAUCUUGAUAAAGCCAAACAUUUUGUUCUGCAUUCACUUAUCCAUCGUGGUAAUACAGAUCUAUUUUCUGUUCUUCAUCGUUAUUCACUUUUACCAUCGUUAACAUCAUCGAAAUUUGGCCGUCAAUUCAUUCUUCUAUCCGAUGGGCAUAUUCAUGAUUUCAAAUCGAUUCUUACACUGCUCGAACAUCAAUCGAUUUUGCGUCAUGAUCGUCUAUUUACAUGUGCAAUAGGUAAUAUUGCUGACAAAUACAGUUUGAAACAAUUAGCUCGUGGAGCAUGUGGAGGUGGUCUAGCAACGAUAUUUGAUUCGAACUAUCGAUCAAAAUGGAAAACAAAAAUUUUAAAUAUCCUCGAACAAAUCCGACAACCUUGUAUUACAAGUAUAUCAAUCGAUUGGCAUGGUCAGUUAGAUACAGAACAAAAAUUCAAUAUGCAAGCACCGAAAAUGAUUCGAUCUUUAUUCAACGGAAUGCGACUUAGUGUCUAUCGUUUUAUACAAAAUUGUCACAAGGCAACAUUAACAGCUACUAUCGAUGGACAAGAAUUUGUUACGACGGUAUUUAGUAGUCCGAUAACAACGACCAAAGGACAUAUUCUACAUUGUCUAACUGCUCGAGCGAUUAUUAAUGAUUAUGAAAAUGGAUUAUUGCAUGUGAACGAGAGUGAAAAUGAACUAAUCAAAGUUCAAUGUAAACGAGAUCUCAUCGAUCUAAGUAUCAAACAUUCUGUCGUUAGUGAAUACACUAGUUUUGUUGCCAUCGAAGAACGUGAUGCUAAAAUAGAUAGACAAAUUCGUCAACCAGGCGUUCGUCUUCUGGAUGUUAUGCUUGAUCGAGAUGUCGACUUACUACCAUACAUUGAGUGGUAUGGUGAUGUAUCAACUUUAGUUUCGAUUAAACAAAAAUUGAUUGAUGCACGUAUUUCACUCGAAUGUGCAUCGAUUCAAAGCAAAAAAGAAUCAAUUGUUGAUAUUGAAAAACUUUGUGAAAAAAUUUCCUAUCGAGCUGGUGGUGAUCCUAAGUUUGAUAUGAUGAUGUCUAUUAUACAUACGUAUCGUUAUUCAUUGAAUGAACAUGAAAAAGCAAAUGAACUCGAAAACAAAAUACGAAACGAUAUUAAGAUCGAAAUGAUUAGUGCAACGACAGAAGAACGACAAACAUUACAACAACGAUGUGAAGCUAAUAAUUUGAUGAUCACAAAUGAUGAAUAUGAAUUAUUAUUCGACCAUGACGCAGCGAAAAGUACAUCUGGAAAGCGUUCAUCACGCCGACGGUCAAGAUGGCAAGCAUUAGCAGAUGAUGAUAAAGGCAAAGAACAUGCUGUUUCAUCGCAUCCACCUCCGCCGCCACCUGUAUCUUGGCAACCAUCUACUCGACCGUCUCCACCAAAACAAUUUAUGCAACAACAAGCAGUAGCUAGAAGUAGAGAUGGGAUGCCAGGGCUUUUUUCUGAUCUAACAUUAACAGGAAACACAUCGACGGUGUUUUCUGAGAUGCAAUCUCCUUGUGCUAGUCCACAGUCACAAUCUCAAAGUGCUUUUAAAACACCACAACCUUUUCCUGGAUUUCAAUUUGCUCGUGUUCCUCCGCCUCCGCCUCCUCUUCCAACAACAACGUCAUCAUCAUCAAUUAGCUAUCUUAACCGAGUUCCCACUACUAGUGAUACUCUAGGUGGAGGUGUCGACAUUCCAUCGCUAUAUGAGUCGCAUGCCUAUACUGCUAAUAGUUCACAAUUUGGUUUUACUGCUCCUCCCCUACCACCACCACCACUGGUACCACCACCGCCACCACCGCCACCGGCACUAUCAUACUCAACAAUAUCAUUGUCAAGAGAGAGGAAGUCAUCACCAUCAAGCAUAAUUUAUGAUCGCAAGCCUAGUGAUCCAUUGUACAUGCUUGAUGGUCAAACUGAAAAUGUAAUACACAACUUCUGUGGUGAAUCCGUUACCUCAUUCGAUGCAAAGGUUGAUAUUCCACUUCUCAGUAAACUGAAAGAUGUUCAAUCAACAAAAACAAUGAUUGAAGAACUUCUCAAACUUCAAUUCGAGGAUGGUUCAUUUACGCUAAAUAAAGACUUAGCUGACAUACUUCACAUCAAUCUUGAUACUUUCAAUGAUCUUGAACGCUAUUUAUAUGAACAAGGUUUUAACUCUCUUGCUUUAAACAUACGUAAUGAAAUUCUUCGUUUGAUCGGUACGGGUGUUAUUCUACUUUGGCUCGUUCUUCAAACUGGAGCUUCACAACAAAAUACAUUUGGCUUUUUAUUUAACAGUGACCUAAUCAAAGUUGAUCUUUCCAACUAUUUGCCUGCUAACAUGAGCAAACAAAUUGACAAAGCGAUCAAAUUCUAUCAACUAGCUAGUCAACGUAAUAAUGUAUAUUGUAGACAAUUAGAAUUGAACGUUUCAUCGUGGGAUAUGUUUAUUCAACGUAUUCUUAUCGGAAUUGAUCGUGACAAUAAUUAA